AUGAAUCACAAUCACGCAGAUCACUCUCCUGAGAAGAUGGAGCUUAUCGUAGCAGAAGUGAAGCGUGUCCAAACUAAUUCCAUCAGCGUCCUCGAAACAGAUUGGGCAAUGACGCUGGGCUCUGCUCCGGUUGCCAUCGUGAUUAUCGGUCGCUGCAUAUUGCUUUCGUCGACGCCAAAUGCUGUAACACUCACCUUGUCGGACAAUAAAAGUUCGCGGAAGCUGGAGUCAAAAUACUUGAGAGUGAAUCUAGUCGACAUCGCGCAAGUGGGCCGCAGCGCGUUUAUGGACGCGGAGAUUGGUAUGGCAAAGAUUAGCGUCUUGUCGCAGGAUCUUGGGCGCAAUCUCGACAAUCUCUCUAAGCUCUUGCGUCUCCCACCAAGCGUUACGUCCGCGAAAUUCGUUGAAAUCCAGUUGAAGGCUCUCGGAGACAAAGCGAUAGCUUGUGAGGAGGAAGCGAAGAGAAUUGCUGGUAUAUUCAAAGCUUGGAGGGACAAGACCGAUACACUGCAUCUUGCUGUUCAAGAAGAAGCGGUGGGCACUCAGGUGGCCCUUACAAAAGCAGAGACAAAGCUAAAGUUUGAGAGGGAAAAGGUAGACAAAUCCAAAUUGGCUAAAGAUGUGGCUGCACGCGAACUAGGAUUUCAGCAGUAUAAGUUGGGUCAAGCAUAUGCAACCCGAGAACACGUGGGUGACGAGUUGAGUGGAGAUGCCGGAGUGGCAAUGAGUGCCGGUAUUGGGAUCGCCUCAACCAUCCACCCAUUGCUAGGGUUAAGUCUAGCCGCCAUCACGGUUUUCGGUAUUUGGGCUGUUGACGACAAGUGCGAGACUGCGGAAAAGAAGCAUGAGGAGAAGUUGAGAGCGCUCAAAGAGGCGCAGCUUCAGGAAGAGCUGGCUAGAGUAGAAGUUGAGGAAUUUCUAAAGAGCGGAAAGUCACUGGACAGAAUCAAGGACGUGCUACAUCUUGCUCUUGGAAAUUUGCAAGAGCUGCAAAACGAGAUUGCGUGUCUUCUUCUCUUCUUCUCAAACGUAGUAAGCUUCGUUGAUGUUCUGAUGAACAUCUAUCGUGGGGAAUUUACGGAGUAUAUGGGUGCCCUGGGAAGCAACGAGAUCAACGACACGGCAAUAAUGGCUGUGCUAGAACAAAUGGUGCAGCCGGUAACAACCAGCAUUAAAUGUCAGUUCUUGGUUAUGCAUCACGUCGCGAGCGCCUACCAUACGAUUUCCAACAAGCACAUCAUGCCCGGCUUUGUAGAGAUCAGCUCAUUGGGUCUCACCAGCACCUCUCUGACUGAGCAAGACAUCGAUGCGAAAAAAACCAAGCUUAUCAAAUACCAGCAAGAAAAUGCACCAAGCGUGAGAGCUAUCGCGCAGGAUGCUCAGAAAGCUCUCAAGCUCAAUAUCUUUUCGAUCACCCAGGAAGCCAUGCAAGGGUUGAUGAUAUCCUCGUAA